ACCCGUAGCCUGCGACAUUGGAUGACGUAGCGUCCGAGAAAAAGCAUCCUGGUAAUCCAGACGUCGAAGAAACAACGUCCAUUGCUAUUAUUGAUAACAAAUCAUAGCUCGUCGAGUUAACCAACAGUAUGGCUGCUCAGAAGAUUAACGAAGCUCACGAGCAUAUAGCGAAAGCUGAAAAAUGCUUAAAGACAGGUCUGACGAAGUGGAAGCCGGAUUUUGACAGCGCUGCGUCAGAAUACGCCAAAGCAGCCGUGUGCUUCAAGAACGCGAAGCAGUACGAACAAGCAAAGGAUGCCUACCUCAAGGAGGCUGAAUACCAGACGGAAAACAAGACGCUUUUUCACGCUGCAAAGGCUAUUGAACAGGCCGGUAUGAUGAUGAAGGAACAAAAGAAGAUGCCUGAGGCGAUCCAGUACAUAGAGAAAGCCUGCAUGAUGUACAUGGAGAACGGUACUCCUGACACUGCUGCCAUGGCUCUGGACCGGGCUGGAAAACUGAUAGAGCCUCUAAACCUAGAGAAAGCUGUGGACCUUUAUCAGAAGGCGGCUGGCGUUUUUGAGAAUGAGGACCGGCUGCGUCAGGCAGUUGAACUGCUUGGGAAAGCCUCCAGACUUCUGGUCAGGCUAAGAAGGUUGGAUGAAGCAUCAGUUGCUCUGCAGAAAGAGAAGAACAUGUACAAAGAAAUUGAGAACUUUCCCAUGUGCUUCAAGAAAACAACAGCUCAAGUACUGAUUCAUCUUCAUAGAGGGGACUACGUAGCAGCUGAUAAAUGUGUCCGAGAAAGUUACAGCCUGCCCGGGUACAGUGGAAGCGAAGAUUGCAUUGCCAUGGAGACACUUCUGCAGGGCUACGACGAGCAGGACGAGGACCAGGUCCACCGUGUGUGCAGCUCACCUUUACUGAAGUACAUGGACAAUGACUAUGCCAAGCUGGCCAUUUCCUUGAGAGUACCUGGAGGAGGAGGAAAGAAGAAGAAGGCUGCUGCUGCUCCACAAGGCGGCGCUGAUGGUGCACCAGCGGAUGAAGAGGAUGAUUACGAGGGAGGCCUGUGUUAGCCUUCAGCCUCCAACGGGCCGACUCUACCCAUCUGCUGCUCCUCCACCAAACCCUCUAUGUACGAGCUACAAAACCUUGACAAAUCCUUUCUGCCCCGAAACCCAGAUGUUUGGCUGUUUAAUCGUUAUUGUGCACAGGAAAAAAAAGUUAUCACAGUCGAUGCCGCAGAGGAGUCGACCCUAAUUCAAGCAGCUGUUUUUAAUUUGGGUUUCUUUGAGGUGGAUGGUCCUCGGUGUAAUGAAAAAUCUUCUAUGUUUUAUUAUGUCUGAAAGCCUGUUGUAAGUAAAUGUUCAAUUAUUUCUUGUCUUUGUUAAGCUGUACAUUUUGCUCUCAUAGUUUGUGAGUCUUCAGAUUACUAUAGGUAUAUUAAAAUCAGAAAUGAUCUAAGUAUAUAUUAUAAGUUGAUCAGUGUAUAGGUGUUUAUUUGUACAGUUAAAUUAUUCAGUAUUCCUGGCUGCAACCUGUUGGCAACGUUACUGAAACAAUAUGCCCACCAGUUUGUUAAUGCAUGUAUGCAGUAAUCUAAUAGUAAUUUGUGAAUAUUACGGAUAAAAAAAAAGAUCGAUACUUUCGCAUCGGGGCUCAUUGAAGACAUAACAAUUCUCCUGCUGAUGGCGCAGCUCGUAGCCAAUUUGACAGUUUUCGAGGUGUGUGUGCUCUUUCCCCUUAAACAAAAAUAGUCCAUAGCUAUAUGUGUACUUAAAUCGACUUAAACAUGAAAAUGGAACUAUACAGUUAAUAUAAGCAGCUUGCUAUUAAGGACAAAAAUCCUUUACAUGCCAAUUAAAAUGAUUCAUUCGAUAUUACUAAAGUUAAUAAAGGGACUGUUUACAUUUUUUAUUUGUGCCGUUGUUGCCCACUACUUGUAUAUUCUUCAAAAGCAUAUCUCCAAACUUUGCACAUGCGUCAAUAAACAUUUCUAUAGUGUGGCA